UGCCGGAAACUCACAAUGUCCUCAGCAAGGCUCUGGUACUUAGUAUGUGUUGCCAUCUGCACAAGCGUUUUCCUGUUCCUUGCAUUGUCCAUGGAGGGAUCUAUAAAACAGCAACAGGUCCUUGACAACUCGUCUUCAGGCUCAUCAUUCCGAUCCUAUCCAUUAAACUUCAGUGGUGAAUCUCGGGACAGUACUCAUUCCACGACAGCUAUUGAUAAAGAAUAUCUACAUCAAUAUAACCCUCAUCGGAAAAAAACCAACGCAGUGUUUCUGAAAGUGCACAAAGCCGGAAGUACUACAGUUAUGAAUAUAUUCCUACGCUUCGGAAUGGCAAAUAAAUUGAAUAUAGUCCUACCCAAUAAAGAGGACGGAUACGGCUUUAAUUAUCUCGGACAUGGGAAGACAGUGGACAAAAAUACUGUUGUGCCUAUCCCCCAUAACGAAACAUACAACAUUCUUUGUAAUCACGUCGUCUACAAUCGCCAGGCGUUCCGCGAUAUCAUGCCAAAUGAUACCGUUUAUGUGGGGAUAAUUCGGGAGCCCCAAUCACACUUCCUGUCUGCCUCAUUCUACUAUCGCUUUAUUGACAGUAUACAAAAAGUGUCCGGUUUGUCCAACCGAUCAGCGCCAGCUGAGGCGAUACAUCAAUACUUCUCGCACCAAGACAGAUAUCAUCAUAUACGGACGCUGUUCGUGAGGAAUAGAAUGUCCUACGAUUUUGGUCUCCCUCCGUCCCGUUUUCACGACAACGUUUCUGUAGAAAAUUUCAUCGCUGAUGUAGCUGGUGACUUCAAGUUAGUGAUGGUAAUGGAAUAUUUUGCCGAGUCCCUUGUUCUCUUGAAGCGGUAUCUGGGAUGGGGAUUGGACGAUAUUCUGUACGUCCCCUUAAAUAUCAACAACAGCAAAUCCAAAAAACACGUCAGUCUGCUUCCAGCCGACGUGACCAAACUUAAACAAUGGAACUAUGCGGAUUUCCGGCUGUACGAUUUUUUCAAAACACGAUUUCUAGCUCAGGUAGAAGCAGAAGGUGUUCUGUUUCAUAAAGAAGUUAAACAUUUUAAAACUGUUCAACUUCAUGUGCAAAACUUCUGUUCUGAUUUACGUGACCGAAGAUAUUUGACAAUACAUGCUUCUCCAUGGAAUGAAAAAUUUAACAUUACGCCAGAUCACUGCAAGAUAAUGACAAUGUCGGAAAUCCCAUUAGUUAAAAUGCUAAUACGCCGUGCAAAGCAUAAAUACCAGAAAUACGAAGAUGUCACUCCCAAAGAUAUCAUCUGA